AUUAAACAGACACCUCCUAUCAUGCUCCACACCAUCAUCAGCAGAAGGAGGAAUUCUCAGAAUGGCUUCUGUUUGUGCUUCCUCUGCAGCUGUUGCCAUCUCUUCAACCAGUUCUCAGAAGAAUGGGUUGAACUUGGGUGGGACUAAGGCAUCAUUCCUUGGAGGGAAAAGAUUGAGACAAGGAAAGUGGGUUGCACCUACUAGCCGCCGAGCAGUUACAGUAUCUGCAGUUGCAUCUGAGAGGCCUCUCUGGUUCCCCGGGAGCGUUCCUCCUCCAUGGCUUGAUGGCAGCCUUCCUGGAGAUUUUGGGUUUGAUCCUUUAGGUCUUGGAUCUGAUCCAGAAAGCCUGAGAUGGAACGUGCAGUCGGAAAUUGUGCACUGCCGAUGGGCAAUGCUUGGUGCUGCAGGCAUUUUCAUCCCUGAAUUACUCACAAAGUUAGGCAUCCUCAACACUCCUUCAUGGUACACAGCAGGAUCACUGGAAUACUUCACAGACACAACCACACUGUUCAUUAUUGAGCUCAUUCUGAUUGGGUGGGCUGAGGGGAGAAGAUGGGCUGACAUUCUCAAGCCUGGGUGUGUCAACGUAGACCCCAUCUUUCCCAACAACAAGCUCACUGGAACUGACGUCGGUUACCCGGGUGGCCUGUGGUUCGAUCCUCUUGGAUGGGGGACUGGCUCUCCUGAGAAAAUCAAGGAGCUGAGAACUAAGGAGAUCAAGAAUGGGAGACUUGCAAUGUUGGCAGUGAUGGGUGCAUGGUUCCAGGCAAUCUACACUGGCACUGGACCAAUUGAUAACCUUUUUGCUCAUCUUGCAGACCCUGGUCAUGCCACCGUCUUUGCUGCAUUCACUCCUAAAUGAAGAGCAGUGAGAGCAUUGAUUGCCAUCAAAAUGGAACACAUUGUGUAGAUAUAUUGUCGAAUCUUUGGCUGGUGAGAAUUGUGUGGUUGCAAAGAGUAUCUGUGUCAUCUAUUCUUGUACUUCCUUUGUACUCUUAUGUUGUAAUGAACUUCUAAACUAUGCAUAAAUAACUUUAGAAUGUUAAAUUCUGGAUU